AUGGUCCUCACUGGGGAAGCUGCAAAUCUCGGCACUUGGAUUUACAGCAUUGUCAGGGACCCAGACAGUGCAUCUAUGGUUGUGAUGGGAUGGUUGUUUCGCAUCAAGUCUCUCGUGCGAAACCGAAUAAAUUUCAAUAAGGGACGAGAGCGGACUGAAACGAUGUCAUCCAAGGGCGUGACAAAGAUGGGUGCCCAGUACGCCCGAAAGGACCGACAGGGAAAGGACAUUAUGAGUCCAUGCAUGGCAUCAUUGGCCGUCUUGGGAUGA